GCGGUUCUAGGAGACGUCACUGGACUUCAUUUGUUUUUGACGUAUCAUGGCUGUUACAAAGGGAGUGAUGCUCAGGAGCGUCCUAAGUAGUUUACCGACGGAGUAUAAAACCUUCACAGAACGCUUCUGUCAGCCCGUCGUAGACUAAAUCAGUUAGUUUCUCCGCGAACGGCUUCCCUUUUGCCUGAGUAUGACCGCACUGUAUCUGCUAAUCCUUCUUUGCAGCGUACACAUGGCUUCCUUGGCUCCAGAGAGGUCCCAUCGGAGUAAGAGGGGCUUGCUGGAGCUGGCUGGACUCAUUAAGUGCAGCACAGGGCGGCAUGCUCUUGCCUAUAUGAUGUAUGGAUGCUACUGUGGCCUGGGUGGUCAGGGCUGGCCUAGGGAUAAAGCAGACUGGUGUUGUCAUAAACAUGACUGUUGCUAUGAAAAAGCUGAGGAUGCAGGUUGCCACACAAAGACAGACAAGUACCAGUGGUCGUGUGAGGAAGCCGAGACAAACUGUGAUGCCUUGAAGGACAAAUGUGAGAAAAGGCUUUGCAAGUGCGACAAGGAGGCAGCCAGGUGUUUGCGAAAAGCACCAUUCAUACCAAAAUAUUCUGUAUGGCCAGACUUCCUAUGUGGACCUGAAUAUCCAACAUGCAGUUAUUACUAAUUCUAUAAAUACAAUAUUAAAAUCUGAAUUAUUCAAUAAA